ACAGAGGCCUGUUGGUCCACGGUCGCCCAAAUCAUUUUGGCCAAUCAGAACACUGAUCUUGAAUCAGGGGAGAGGAUAGGCUAUAGUGAAGAACAUGUCUGGUGCAGCAGCGAUGUUCGUGUUCUUAUUGCCGGGGAUUCCAAUGUCCAUCGUUUGAAGUCUGCAUGUCCUCCAAAUGCAAGGAAUGACUUUCUGCCCGUAUCUGGUGCAAAGUAUGUGUCUGACCGGAAGGGCUUUAGAAAGCUGCUGCAUCAAGAGCUGAUGUCAGGUUGUUACGACAUAUUGUACCUGCAUCUUGGCUCUAACGAUGUUUGCUGCAAGGAUAGCAAUUUCUACCGUUGUGUGACUGAGAUCCUUGAUGUUGUAUUCAGUGUGUGCACUGAAAUACACGUGGUGCUUUGCGUGAUUCUUCCACGUGAUUUUGAUGUGAGAAUGUUUCCCCGAUGGCCACUCUCAGGGGCACAGUUGAGGAACUACUGCCAGUGGAUAAGGAGCGCAAACAGCAUGCUGUGGGAACUGAGUCACCAUGUGCCUUCUGUGAGAUACAUGGACUAUGCAGCAACUAAACAGAAGUCCCUGUACUUGUCCCAUGAUGGACUACAUCUGAGUGCUGAAGGGGCUAGGAGGUGUUUAGCAUCCAUACAUGACGACCUGCCAAACCAGCUGUGUGUGGAGGCUGCUGUUCAAGAUCCUACAGAAUGGCCAGCUCUCUCAGCCACGGAAGUACCGGUUCAGGAGCAUGACAGCACCAUAGCACUCUUUUCGGAUAUUGUGCAGACUGGAGCUCAACCAGAGAUUCAAGACAAGGUGGAUGCAAGUGAAGUACCAGUUCCCAGGGACAUUAAGCCUCAGACACAUAAAAUAACGGUUGUCACAGCCAGAGCUAAGAGGUCUGCAACCAGAAAUGUCAAAAGAUAUGGAAAGAAGUUGGCAAAGAAAUGCCACACAAGGUCAUGCUGCAGUGGAUUUGUUUACCUUGACAUUACUGAAGAUGUGGCUGUUUUCCUGCCUGCAUACAAGUUGAAUGGCUUAUGCUUGGAAGAUGAAAUCAACGUGCCAUCCAACAUCCAUUGCCACCGAGACACUGAAGAGACGCCCCAACAAGAUGACAACGCCGCAAAUGAAGAUAAAGUCAAUGUGCCAUCCCACUUCUUUUUCCAACGAGACACUGACGAGACGCCCCAACAAGAUGUAGACACUUCACAGCUUCUUCUUAUUCUUUCAAAUGACGUUGAACUUAACCCUGGACCGAUAUUCCAGACAAUACCGGUCCCUGUGGAAGCGGUUGGCUCAAGCGAGAAGAUGACGAUAAUUACAGUGAAAAUGGACUGACCAUACACGAAAGACAAAGGACAUUAAAUAUUUACACAAAUUUUGCACCUGUAAAAUGUGACAUUCAUAUACGUGAAUGCUAUAAUUCAAUUAGUAAGCCAUGCAGAAUUCUUUGGGAUGAAGGGGACUUAGAUUGUUUACAUGUAUUAAGUAGGGAUACAGCAGCAGGAGAUGAAAUAGGGUGGGAAUUUGUAUCUAUGGUUAUGAAUUCUAGUUGCACUUUUUCCUCUUACUGCCAGUUUAAAAAUGAGAUGUAUAAAACUCGCCACAAUAAGGCUAGGUUUAUGAAUCAAACAGUUUUUUUUAAUUUUUGGUUCAGUUGGGCUUCAAACAUGAAAAUAGAUUAUUCUAAAGUUGAAACUUCUGCUCGAGGAACAUCAACAUUAUUUCUUUGGUUCUGUGCAGACCAUGGACAUUGCUAUGGUUUCCACAUGACUGGGGCAGAAGGAAGAAAAGAUCCCGCAUUAUCACUCUAUAGCUAUUUAGAAACCCCUCCACAAGACGUGUUUUAUGACUUUGCAUGUAAUUUACAAGAAUAUUGCCUAAACAGAGAAAGUGGAUACUAUAAAAAUGAACUUUUUUUCAUGACAUUUUCCAUGGCUACUCCCACAAAUGUUCUAGUGCUUUUACAGCUAGCAGACUUCAAGGCUUUGAAUCUGUAAAAUCUGAAAUAUGUGAACAAUUCAACAGCUUUAUACAGUGCAUUAAAAGGUUGGCCCGUCAGAUGUCACAGUCACACUUUUGCUUUUACCUACAAUUCUUUUUAAAUGAAUGGAAUAAGAAGAAAAAGUUAUCAUAUGAAAAAAGAUAAGAAUUGCUUUAGCUGGGUUAGUUUAAUGUGAUACUUAAAUGAUCUAUAAUUUUAAGUUCAUCUGAACUUUGGAUACUUACUAUUGCAUCUUUUGAUGCUUUUUUCUAUUUAAAGACUGAGCGAGUAAACACAUACUAUGUAUUAUUAUGCAAUAAUUGUUUUGUGUUUAUAUCUCAACUGAGCAUAAAGUGCUCAGGGUGAGCUAUUGUGAAUGGUCUUGGUCCGUCAUGGGUCAACAUUUUUUACUUAAACAACAUCUAACCUCUGUGCCAAUCUUAAUGAAACAUGGCACGAGUUUUCUUUCAUGAACCUCUUUCAAAGUUGUUAAAUGAAAUGCAUUCCAUGCAUAAAUCUGGUUGCAAUGGCAACCAAAAGGAAAGCUUAUAUAUUUGGCAUAAAACAUCGUCUGGUUGACCUCCUUCGUGAAUUUCAAAAUAUGCUAUACCCAACUCACAGGCAAAUUUGUCCUUAUUUGCUCAUAGUGAACACUUCUUUUAAAUGGCCAGGAAGAGAGUUCAAGUUUAUAGACAAGAACAACAGUCAGAUGAGCGAUAUAGUGUCAUCAUGGCACCUUUAUAGCUGAAUCAUUUAUGAAAAAUUGUCAAUUAUA